AUGGGUGACUUUAAUGCAAAGGUUGGACAACAUCAUCAAAGCGACGGAGCGACAGUUGGAAAGUUUGGUCUUGGAGAAAGGAACGAAAGGGGAACCAGACUGAUGCAAUUUGCAAAAUCAAAAGGUUUGAAGAUCGGAAAUACCUUCUACAGGAAGAGGAAGAUCAGAAAAUGGACCUGGAUAAGUCCUAAUGGCGAAACCAGGAACGAGAUCGAUUAUAUUUUGGCAAAUAAAAACAUGAUCCAGAAUGUCAAUGUCAUAAAAAGGGUAAACAUCGGUAGUGAUCACAGAAUGGUCAGAAGUAAGAUCAAAAUGAAAACAAGACUGGAAAGAAUGAAAUGA